CCCAGGCCUAGCGGGCCCAUGGCCAAGAGGCGCGCGGCGGAGCCGUUGGCGUUCCACGUGCCCUGGAAGCGGCUCCUGCCCUGCGGCCGCCUGGACGAGCCCGAGCCGCUGUGGGCAACGCCGGGGCUCGGGCCGCGGCUGCCGCUGAACGGCUCUGAGCUGCGCCGCAAACGGAAGCGGGAGGACGGGACCAUGACGGAGCUCCUGGCCUCGCCCAGCAAGCGCUCCGGCGAGGCCGCGGGCCCCGGCGGCCCUGCCCCCGGGGACGGGGCCCGCAUGGACACCGGGGAGCCCAAGCCGCCGGCCGAGCUGCGCUGCCCCGCGGAGGAGCCUGGGCCCCGCUCCCCGGAGCCCGAGCGGGGCGCCGGAGUGGAGGUCCCGCGGCCCAGGGGCACCAGGCCCCGGGAGGAGCAGCUCAUUGAAGAAUUUUGGCAAUAUAAUACAUUCCAGUACUGGAGAAAUCCUUUACCUUCCAUUGAUCUGUCAGAAAUUGAGAAACUGACUGAAGCAACUCUUACCAGCAAGGAUGAAGGUGCUGAAAUUGACAUGGAAUCUUGACAUAUGGAUCUGUUACAGAUGGAAUAAUGGUGAUAGAUUUCAUUUAAGGAUACUCAUCUUUAGCUGAAUCUACCUGCUUCUCUUCAGAAAAACAAAUGUUUCAGAUAUUUUGAGGCAUAACCUUCUCUAUCUGGAAAAAAUGAGAGAAGGACUUUUUAUAGAAAAAUACUGAGACUAUUGGCGUGUCUGAAAGGGAUUUUUCAUGGGUAGUCAAGGGCAAAGUACAGUUAUAACAGAAGUAUUUUAAAACAUGGAUGCUUGAAGAAGAAAAUAUGUUCAAACUUUAAAUCUGAGUUUAUCUCUAGCCAGUUUAGAAGUUCUGGUACUAUUAGGGAUGACUGAGAAGUGUUUGAAUAUUAAACCAAAAAAGGUUUAGUUGUGGUGCAUGAAAUUAAGAAUUUUAUAACAAAUGCUGGUGAUAGUAAAUAAUACAUUAAUACAUUUUGUUACCUGUGUUCUUAGUUGAACCAAAAAAGCUGUCACAACAUCUAUGCAAGCUAGAAAGGUGACUGUCAGGGUGUUCUCUCUUUCUGAGAACUAAUGAUGUCUUUAAAGAACACAUUUCUUAUGCUGUGUAAUGUAAAGUAGUGGACAUUUCAGUAAGCACUCCACAUUUGUGCUUGUACAGCUAUCAAUAUAAUUUGACUUAUGUUGAGUUGUGCCAAAAUGUCCAAUCAGAGAUGGAUAUGGAGCUGUGGGAAGUGAUCAGGGGCUCCUUUUCCCCAUAGAUUAAGGGGAAAGAAAUUUUAUCAUACAAUCAGUUUGGUUGGUUUAGUUAUUUUUUUUUUAAACUAAUGAAGUUUUUUCUUUUUUAAAUUACAAGAAACUUGUCAUAGCUGGACCGAUGUAUAAUUGCUUUGGCUUUAUCGUCUUAGGAUGUAUUAUGACCAAGUUUUAAACUUUGUUUAUUAUUACUCUUGCAUUAUGGUAAGCUUUAUAAAGCCUUGCUAAAGAAAAAUAAAGUUUCUGUUGUGUGUUUAA